AAUAGAAUUUGUAAGUUUAAUUGACCUUGGCAUUUUAAUUGUGAUGCAAGAGUUAACCUUCAAGCUAGUUCCUGAAUUCAGUAAAUUUCGACGCCAAAUACACACAGAAAAGAACAACUACAAGUAUAAACAAACUUGUAUAUUAUUGUAUACUAUGCAGCACAACCGGUCAGCGGGGGUGAGUGCAAAAGUAUGUCUACAGAUGAAGGAAGUGGCUUGGCUAUAAAGAAAUUACGCGAAUUCGGUUAUGCUUUCAAUGCAGGGCAAUUGCGGAGAAUUGAUGAUAUUACUGGCGAACCAGGUGAAGAGCCGUUUAAAUUUACCAUAUCUGACGAUCACAAUAAAAAUCAGGAGCAUUAUGAAAAACUAGCUGAUCAAAUUCCUGAGAUAGUUUAUGAUUUAUUGGAACAAAAUGGGUUGAGGCGAACAUACGUUCCGGAGGAUAUACCGCAAGACCAAGCUACGUUCAUUUUUACCAAGCCUCAAAAGCUUGUGGAACCCAAAAAAUUAAUUGUAUUAAUCCAUGGUAGUGGAUAUGUUAGAGCGGGACAAUGGGCCAGAAGUCUCAUAAUCAACAAUUCUAUCGACCAUGGUACUCAGAUCCCUUAUAUAAAGCGUGCCCAGGCGCUUGGUUAUGAUAUUUUGGUGACAAAUACAAAUGACAAUUUUCGUAUCAUCAAUGGGGAAAAUCGACCAAUACCGCGUCUUGGCCAUGCUACAGCACACGCAAGAUAUGUGUGGGAAAAAUAUGUAAUGGGUUGUAACCCGGAGAGUGUAGCGAUUGUAGCGCACAGCUAUGGUGGAGCAAUUGCGAUGGACUUAGCAAAUCGCUUUACCAAAUUUUUCGAGGAUAAAGUGUUUGCAAUUGCUCUAACUGACUCUGCUCAUUUCCAAAUACCAGGAAAAGCCAAACACGUUGUUUUAGAUAUCGCAUGCAAUUGGGUAUCUAGCUCAGCAGGACUUGAUACGGAAAUUUAUACGGGCGAGGGUGAAAUGCACAGUGUAUCGGCCGGACAUCCUAAACAUGAGUGGACUUCCUAUUCUGCCUUUGAGUCCGUUUUUAAGUUCUUAGAAGAGAAGUAUGAACGAAGUCAAGUAAUUCAAACAAGUAAAAAGGCGAAAACGGAAAAUAAUUGAUAAGUCCUAAAUAUUAUUGCAAUUAGACAUUUAACGGAUUCAAAUUUGGGUAUAUGUGUUGAAUGAAUUAAACAUUUUACUUUUCCGAGGCAAAAUUUUUAAUGGAGAAUAAUGGGUAAAUCUUCACAAUAUUUGUGCAUUUUAUGUAUGUAUAUUUUAACGCAUGAGUAAUGUAAACGUUCCAUCAAAUAUUCCAUUUAACAUUUUACUUCAUCGACAUAUUUCAAUCUUAUUAAUAUAUGUCAGUGUCACGUA